GCCGGGCCGGGCCGCCAUGUGGGUGUUCGGCUACGGCUCCCUCAUCUGGAAGGUGGAUUUCCCCUACCAGGAGAAGCUGGUGGGGCGCAUCCGCGGCUACAGCCGGCGCUUCUGGCAGGGCAGCACCGACCACCGCGGGGUGCCGGGCAAGCCUGGAAGAGUUGUGACCCUGGUUGAAGAUGCUGAGGGCUGCGUGUGGGGCGUCGCCUACCGGCUGCCAGCCGGCAAGGAAGGAGAGGUGAAGGCCUACCUGGAUUUCCGGGAGAAGGGCGGCUACAGGACCACCACGGUGAUCUUCUACCCCAAGGACGCGUCGGUGCAGCCCUUCGACGUGCUGCUCUACAUCGGCACCCGCGACAACCCCAACUACCUGGGCCCCGCGCCGCUCGAGGACAUCGCGCGCCAGAUCCUCGGCGCCGCCGGGCCCAGCGGCCGCAACACCGAGUACCUGUUCGAGCUGGCCAACUCCAUCAGGAACCUCGUGCCCGAGGACGUGGACGAGCACCUCUUCUCCUUAGAGACACUGGUCAAGGAGCUCUUGAGCAAGCACCAAAAUCUCAACUGUCUGUGAAGGGACCUCGGAACAGGCCUG